AUGAGCGGCGUCCACGUCCAUUGUUGCCAACGGCGCCACCAGCAGAUGGCUGACAUGGACGACGGACAUGACCCCAAUACCCGACAACAACGACGAUCCACCAUCAACACCCUCCAUCAAUAUCCCCUAGCUGAAACACAAGUUUCGUCAGCUUCGGUAACUCUUCGACCUCACCUCAAUGGGGACCUCAAUGAUACGCCUCCCUCUCUUCCCUCUUCCACUGACUCUCAACCACUUGGACCAACGCAGGUUGCAAGCCAAAAGUCUACCCAUGGACGGCGACACGCGUGCACCCUUACCACUACCAAGGGCGACGAGUGCCCAUCACCAGCGUCACCAACCCAGGCGGGACGACGACGACAACUGCGGUAUGACGCCCAGGACAACGACAGUACGGUGACAACGCAAGACGACAACAAAAAAGUCUACCCACGGAUGGCGACAUGCGUGCGCCCCUACCACUACAAAGGGCGACGAGUACCCAUCACCAGCGUCACCAACCCAGUGACAACGCAAAACAACAACAACGUGACUACCACGCAUGACCACAUUGACGCGACCACAAUGCAUGACGACUAA